AAAACCAACCCACACGCCAACACGAAAACAGAGCACACCCCCAAAACCCAAGCCUAGGGAGAAAAAACCUCACUGGUGGCCCUCAGGCGGAGGGGUUUCCAAAUUGGGUAAAAGGCAGAGUGGAGGAGCGGGGAAGUGAUAACUAGCAAAGUUGCAGACCUCUGAACCUACUGGCUCUGAAGCCUCUCCCUGUGAGCGUGGGGGAGACUCACUCUCCGGUGGGGGGGGCGUUUGGGUCCCCCCCACCCCUCCUCCCUCGCUCCUUCACACCUCAGGCUUUCUCCUGGCCUCCCACCCCUGCACCCUGUUUCCAUCAUGACGGUGAUGUCCGGGGAGAAUGCGGACGAGGCUUCGGCCGCUCCGGGUCACCCCCAGGAUGGCAGCUACCCAAGGCAAGCCGACCACGACGACCACGAAUGCUGCGAGCGCGUGGUGAUCAACAUCUCCGGGCUGCGCUUCGAGACGCAGCUCAAGACCUUGGCACAGUUCCCCAACACGCUGUUGGGCAACCCAAAGAAACGCAUGCGCUACUUUGACCCCCUGAGGAACGAGUAUUUCUUUGACCGCAACCGUCCCAGUUUCGAUGCUAUCCUUUACUACUAUCAGUCGGGGGGCCGCCUGCGCAGGCCGGUCAACGUGCCCCUGGACAUGUUCUCAGAGGAGAUCAAAUUUUACGAGUUGGGCGAGGAGGCCAUGGAGAAGUUCCGGGAAGAUGAAGGCUUCAUCAAGGAAGAGGAGCGCCCCCUACCGGAGAAGGAGUACCAGCGCCAGGUGUGGCUGCUCUUUGAGUAUCCGGAGAGCUCCGGGCCUGCCAGGGUUAUCGCCAUCGUGUCCGUCAUGGUCAUCCUCAUCUCCAUAGUUAUCUUUUGCCUGGAGACUCUCCCUGAGCUGAAGGAUGACAAGGACUUCACGGGCACCAUCCACCGCAUCGACAACACCACAGUCAUCUAUACUUCCAACAUCUUCACAGACCCCUUCUUCAUUGUGGAAACCUUGUGUAUCAUCUGGUUCUCUUUUGAGCUGGUGGUGCGCUUCUUCGCCUGCCCCAGCAAGACGGAUUUCUUUAAGAACAUCAUGAACUUCAUCGACAUUGUGGCCAUCAUCCCUUAUUUCAUUACCCUGGGCACGGAGAUAGCUGAGCAAGAGGGAAAUCAGAAGGGCGAGCAGGCCACUUCCCUGGCCAUCCUCAGGGUCAUCCGCUUGGUAAGGGUGUUCAGAAUCUUCAAACUCUCCCGCCACUCUAAGGGCCUCCAGAUAUUGGGCCAGACCCUCAAAGCUAGUAUGAGGGAGUUAGGGUUGCUCAUCUUUUUCCUCUUCAUUGGGGUCAUACUGUUUUCUAGCGCAGUGUACUUUGCCGAGGCGGAAGAAGCUGAGUCGCACUUCUCCAGUAUCCCCGAUGCUUUCUGGUGGGCGGUGGUGUCCAUGACCACUGUGGGAUACGGUGACAUGUACCCUGUGACAAUUGGAGGCAAGAUCGUGGGCUCCUUGUGUGCCAUCGCUGGUGUGCUGACAAUUGCCCUGCCCGUACCUGUCAUUGUGUCCAAUUUCAACUAUUUCUACCACCGAGAAACUGAGGGGGAAGAGCAGGCUCAGUUGCUCCACGUUAGCUCUCCUAACUUAGCUUCUGACAGUGACGUCAGCCGACGCAGCUCCUCUACUAUCAGCAAGUCUGAGUACAUGGAGAUCGAAGAGGAUAUGAACAAUAGCAUAGCCCAUUACAGACAGGCUAAUAUCAGAACUGGUAACUGCACCACAGCUGAUCAAAACUGCGUUAAUAAGAGCAAGCUCCUGACCGAUGUUUAAAAAGCAACAGGCAAGCAAGCAAAAGCCCCAAUACGACCCCCCACCCCCUGGCGACUCUGGUCCCACUCUGUAGAUACUUUACUAAAAACGUUAGUCUUUGAAUGCUUUAUUUAACUGUCAAUGCAUUGUUGCAUUGUGAAUUUGGGGAGUGGCAAAUCCGAAGCUUUCAAGAUCCAUUAAAAAUAAAAAUCCCAACUAUUUUCAUUUUAUCAAAAAUGAGAAAAGAAAGAGUAUUUUAUAAAACUGGCUUAAAUGCUGUCCACUAAGUAGUUUGUGUGAAAUACGGCUCAUGCUUUCCUUGUACUGAAAUAUUUCUAAUUUUUUGACUUAAGUUUGUUUGUUUUGUUUUUUUAAUCUAAAGAUCAGAUGACCACUUAGGAAUAUAAAAAGGCAAAUUUGCAUGGGACUCUAUUCUAAAAUCUUUGCAAAACCGCACAGCACAUUUCAGAUAGUGUACCGUGUGGAACACUCUGUAACUGUCUCAGUGGUCAGUGAAAAAAAAAAAAGCUUUUAUUUUGACCAACUGAAUUGCAUACAAGGCAAAACAAAAUCCGGACUAAUUAUGACUGGUUCAGAAAGCACCUUGAAAAAUCUGUUACUGGUCCCAGUCUGCUGGGAUUUUCCAUCUGCCCCUUUCUCCUUAACUCAGUCUAUUCUUUCUAGAAAAGGGUAAAUUGAUUAAAUGAGUUGAUUCAUCUGUAGGGCUGCUAAAGUUUUCUCAACUGCAGAUGAUCCAAACAUAGGUCUUUUCUCACCAAUCCUGCACCCUGACCCCUGACCUUCUGAAGUGGAUGUAAAACCUUACCCUCCUUAUUGCAAGAGCACAAGAGUUAACUGGUAAGCAUGUCUGAGUCUGAUAACAUUUAUUUUAUAAUCGCAUGCUGAGAAAGUUAACCCAGACAAUAGAGAAUAAGCUUACGUUGAAAUUGACUCUUCUAAAUAUAGGCUCUUUUUCAUUUGCAUUCACCAAAAGUGCACUCCUUCACUUAUUAACUCUUCUUAGCAACUAAAGUACUGUAUCUAAGUACAUACAUUAGUCACAUGGGAACAAUCCCUUUUUGGAGCUCAAAGCAUGUUCUCUUAGCAUUAUGGCCUAUUUGAUUAAGAUAUACCUUGACUUAAUUGAUGCAUGAUUUCAGUAAUAAAAAAAAUGAUAAAAUACUAAAAAUUACAAGUCUGUGGGAUGAAAGGCCCAAAAGAAACAAUGGGGUGGGGGUGGAGGUGGGGUACACUCCCGUCAAAUUUUCCUGCCUUUGCUCAGGGAAAUGUCAAGCUUCUGUGUAGGGAUAGGUAGAGAGAGGACCAGUAUGCCCAUCCUUUAAAGGAAAACUGUGGAAAACUAAAUAAGUCAUCAAGGUAUUUCAUAGACCUAAGACAAGCAUUCUUUCUAGCUGAAUAUAAAUACAAGCAAACAAACAAACAAACAAACAAACAAAAAAAGGUGCAAUAUUGCAUGGUUUUUUGGUGCAUUCUUAGGAUGUAAGUGAUAAUGUUUAUCUCUUUAUGCACCCCAGAGCUGAGCUGAUUUCUUUUUGCAGUCAUGAUUUGGAGUCCAUAGAGACUUCGUCCCUCCCCUUGAGGCUCCCUGAAGAAACUCAGCCAAUUGAUUUAAUAGUUGCUUAGUGCCUUUAUCUGUACCCACAGUGCACUGCAGAAAGUGCCUCUGUAACUCAGCUGGGAUGUUAUUUAACAGAAGGGAGGAAGGGUUGGGGCACAGACCUUUUGCUUUUUGUUUUGUUUGUUUUUCCAUCCUCACACUCUCACUUCACCACUGUGAGAAGACCACACCACCCUCAGAGCCCCAAAGAAGAGAGAGAGAGAGAGAGAGAG